UUGUCUUCUUGUAUUUAUUUUUCACAUGUAAUUAAUAAUAAUUUUUAAUAAUUUAUUGUGUGUUACAUUUUCAAUACUAUUACGGAAAUAGUUCGAUUAAAUAUAGGUUAAAAGAAUACAGUAAAAAAAUUAUCUUUUUUAUCAAGAUUUUUUAAUAUAUUGAAUAUUAUAAUUUUAUACUUUUCAUAAAUAUAAAAAUGGGAGAAAUGAAAAUUAAUGUUCACAAUCGUAUUAAAUCGGAAGAAAAAUUUAAUAAAGUAGUGAAACACAUUCAGGAUAAAUGGAAACUCGUACCUGCUUUUCUUAAGGGAAAAGGUCUCGUUAAGCAACAUAUUGAUUCUUUUAAUUAUUUUAUAAAUGUGGAAAUAAAAAAAAUUGUAAAAGCAAAUGAAAAAGUGCUUAGUGAUGCUGAUCCUUUAUUUUAUGUAAAAUAUUUAAAUGUUCAUGUUGGUUUACCUGAUGUUGAAGAAGGUUUUAAUGUAACACGUUCUACUACACCACAUGAAUGUCGUUUAAGGGAUUUAAAUUAUUCUGCUCCAAUUACAGUUGAUAUUGAAUAUAUUAGAGGUCAUCAACCAAUAAUUAAAAAUAAUUUACUGAUUGGAAGGAUGCCUAUUAUGCUAAGAAGUUCAAAUUGUGUAUUAACUGGCAAAUCUCAUUUUGAAUUAGCAAAGAUGAAUGAAUGUCCUCAUGAUCCUGGCGGUUAUUUUAUAGUGAAUGGACAAGAAAAAGUAAUUUUGAUACAAGAACAAAUGCUUAGAAAUAGAAUUAUUCUUGAAGAAGAUAGUAAGGGAUGUAUUGUCGCAUCUUGUAAUAGUGUUACUCAUGAAAGGAAAACAAAAACUAACAUAGUAGGCAGAGCUGGAAGAUAUUAUAUGAGACAUAAUAUUUUUCAAGAUGAUAUACCUGUGACAAUAAUAUUUAAAGCAAUGGGAAUUGUAAGUGAUCAAGAAAUUAUGCAACUUAUUGGUACAGAAGAAGAAUUUAUGAAAAAAUUUGCACCAAGUUUAGAAGAAUGUCAUGUUUUAAAUGUAUUUGCUCAAAAUCAGGCAUUAAGAUUUCUCAGUAAUAAAAGAAAACAAAAAAGAUAUUCAGUCAUAAAAUCUAGUAUUACAGAUGAAAUGAAAGAUGCAUUAGCAACUAAUAUUUUAUCACAUGUUCCUGUCAUAGAUUUUAAUUUUAAAAUGAAAGCAACUUAUAUUGCUUUAAUGAUUCGUAAAGUUAUGAAAGCACAAUCCGAUGGAAAACUUGUAGAUGAUAGAGAUUAUUAUGGUAAUAAACGAUUGGAAUUGGCUGGUUCUUUGCUAUCUUUGAUGUUUGAAGACUUAUUUAAAAGAUUUAAUUGGGAGUUAAAACAAAUAGCUGAUAAAAAUAUACCAAAAAUUAAAGCUGCACAAUUUGACAUUGUAAAACAUAUGAGACAAGAUCAAAUUACUAAUGGAUUAGCUUUUGCCAUAUCAUCUGGUAAUUGGACGAUUAAACGAUUUAAAAUGGAACGACAUGGCGUUACUCAAGUUUUAUCUAGACUUUCUUAUAUUUCGGCACUUGGAAUGAUGACUCGAGUUAAUUCGCAAUUUGAAAAAACUAGAAAAGUAUCUGGUCCUCGAUCUUUGCAACCAUCUCAAUGGGGAAUGUUAUGUCCUAGUGAUACACCUGAAGGAGAAGGAUGUGGUUUAGUUAAAAACUUAGCCCUUAUGACACAUAUUACUACAGAAAUUGAUGAAGAACCAAUUAUUAGAUUGGCUUUUAAUUUAGGAGUAGAAAAUGUUAAUAUACUUGGCGGUGAAGAAAUUAAUAAUAAACACGUUUACAUGGUUUUUUUAAAUGGUAAUAUUUUAGGUAUAGUAAAAAAUUAUCAGAGAUUAGUAAAUGUUUUUAGAUUACUACGAAGGAAAGGCUUAAUAAAUGGUUUUGUUUCUAUAUAUACUCAGCAUCAACAUAGAUGUAUUCAAAUUAGUUCUGAUGGAGGACGAUUAUGUAGACCAUAUAUUAUUGUACAGAAUGGUGAUCCUCUUGUACAAGAAGAGCAUGUAAAAUUACUUGAACAAGGAAUACGAAGUUUUGAAGAUUUUUUACAAGAUGGUUUAAUUGAAUAUUUGGAUGUUAACGAAGAAAAUGAUAGUUCUAUUGCAUUUAAUGAAUCACAUAUUAAUGAAAAAACAACGCAUUUAGAAAUUGAACCAUUUACAUUACUUGGAGUUUGUGCUGGUUUAGUACCAUAUCCGCAUCAUAAUCAAAGUCCAAGAAAUACUUAUCAAUGUGCUAUGGGAAAACAAGCAAUGGGAACAAUUGGUUAUAAUCAACGUAAUCGUAUCGAUACAUUAAUGUAUAAUUUAGUUUAUCCUCAAACACCUAUGGUGAAAUCCCGAACAAUAGAACUAAUAAAUUUUGAUAAAUUACCUGCUGGACAAAAUGCAACAAUAGCCGUUAUGUCUUAUAGUGGUUACGAUAUUGAAGAUGCUCUUAUUUUAAACAAAGCUUCAAUUGAUAGGGGAUUUGGAAGAUGUUUGGUAUAUAGAAAUGCAAAAUGUACGUUAAAAAGAUAUGCGAAUCAAACUUAUGAUCGAAUAAUGGGCCCAUUGAUUGAUGCUAAUACAAAGAAAUCUGUUUGGAAACAUGAAAUAAUCGAUAGUGAUGGAAUUGCUGCUCCUGGAGAAAUGGUGGAAAAUCGAAAGGUAAUGGUAAAUAAAUCAUCACCAGCUGCAAACAUUGGUCCAGUAAAUUCUGGUAAUGUUCAAACACAAACGGAAUAUAAAGAUGUUCCAGUUGUUUUUAAAGGUCCAGUUCCUGCUUAUAUUGAAAAAGUUAUGAUUUCUAGUAAUGCAGAAGAUGCAUUUUUGAUUAAAUUAUUAUUAAGACAAACUCGGAGACCUGAAAUAGGUGAUAAAUUUAGUAGUCGACAUGGUCAGAAAGGUGUAGUUGGAUUAAUUGUAGAACAAGAGGAUAUGCCAUUUAAUGAUUAUGGUAUAUGUCCUGAUAUGAUUAUGAAUCCACAUGGAUUUCCUUCACGUAUGACAGUUGGAAAAUUGAUCGAACUGCUUGCUGGAAAAGCAGGUGUUAUAAAAGGAGAAUUUCAUUAUGGCACAGCAUUUGGAGGUUCAAAAGUUGAAGAUGUUUGUACAGAAUUAGUAAAACAUGGUUUUAAUUACUUGGGCAAGGAUUUCUUUUAUUCUGGUAUUACAGGAGAACCUUUACAAGCAUAUAUCUAUUCUGGACCAGUAUAUUAUCAAAAAUUGAAACAUAUGGUACAAGAUAAAAUGCAUGCUCGUGCUCGAGGACCGAGAGCUGUAUUAACGCGUCAACCAACGGGAGGUCGAGCCAAGGAAGGUGGUUUAAGAUUAGGUGAAAUGGAACGAGAUUGCUUAAUUGGAUAUGGUGCUAGUAUGAUGUUGAUAGAAAGACUCAUGAUAUCUAGUGAUGCAUUUGAUAUCGAUGUAUGCAACAAAUGUGGUUUGAUGGCAUAUAGUGGUUGGUGCCAUAGUUGCCGUUCUAGCUCUUGUGUUUCUACAAUUUCUAUGCCUUAUGCUUGCAAAUUACUUUUUCAAGAACUUCAAUCUAUGAACAUAGUACCUCGUUUAACAUUAAAAAAUUAUUGUGACUAAUUUGAAAUAAUUUAGAAUUAUUAAGAUUCAUUGUAAAUAUAUUAUAUAGUAUUAUAUAUAUGGUAUUUAUUAAUUUUUUAAAAAUAUUAG